AGGACGACCAACAUGGCCGACGACCAUGUUCAGAUCACGGUCUCCUUUGGGAAACAGCAAGAAGCCAUGGCCAUCCCGUUUGAAGAAGAUGGAAAAGUUCCUGUCGUCAAACUGAAGGAGCUGAUCGAGCCGCUUUUUGGCAUCCCUGUGGCUUCCCAGAAGCUGCUCUUUCGGGGAAAGGAACGUGCCGAUGCGACGAUUUUGGAGCUUGCGACCCUUCCGAGCAAGCCCAAGAUGAUGCUUCUAAACCGAUCGCAUUCCAAUACGCCUACGAAGCCAUCGACCGCCACACGAGUUGUCCAUCCCAUCGAACCAACGCCGUCUCCGCCUCCUCCACGAGUGAUCGAAGUGAUACCAGUUGGCGAUAAUCAAGUGCUUGUGGAAGUCGUGCGUGCAAAGGAGCGCUACAGAAUGGCCUUGGACACCACAUCUUCCAUCCUCGACCUCAAGACGCACGUGGAACGACUCUCGGGAGUCGCUGUCCGGUCUCAGCGAUUGCUCUUCAAGGGAAAAUACCCUCCCGACGAUUCGGUCCUGUCGUCGCUUCUCUCGACGUUGAAAACGACGUCCAAGCUCGUUUUCAUGCUGCUCUUUGACGAACGACAUCACGUGCGCAUGGACAUUCAAACCACGACUGAGGACCUCGUGAAGGAAUGCGCCGACCACAUGGCCCACUUGGCUCGACUGAAAGCCCGAAUCUCCAAGAAUUUCUUUGAUGCCUCCGACAUUGGUCUGCAGCUGCGCGAGCUGCUCGACGCAGUCGACAUAUUGGCCAGCAACGUGGACAUCGCUAACGACGCGGCACCAUCCGAGGACCUGUGCCGUUUGUCCACAAAAGCCGUCGCCCUGCGUGAUGCGGUAGCACUCGUCCUCGAUACGCUCUUUGCCCGUCGGACUUGAUGCUGCGCUAGCAAAUCCGUUGGUCGCGGGUUGACAUGCCAUGGAAAUCGACGGAAAAAUUUGUCGUUUGCACGUCCGUAGCAAACUAGCUAAGUGUACACGAAUCCAUGGCGCGAGUUGGUGGCGCAUUUGACACGGAAUGCUGCUGACGACAGGAUCUCUUGCGACGAAUCGAGUGAUAUUUGCACCUGGACAACGCGCUCGCACCAGCGCACGCUGCCAUCAAACGCCGCUGCUGUCGCUACUUUUCAGCGAGGGCCAUCGAC